CAUCCUGCUCUUUGAAAUUCCUACUGAAUUUGGAGAAAUUAUGUCUUGGCAUCCAGUGUACUUUCCUGGAACACGAUGUGUUGCUGACUACAGCCUGUUCAGUCCUCUUGACAACAAGUUUGCUUGUCUCAUUUUACUUGAAUAUUCAAGGGUGAGUAAGAAUCAGAGCAGAGAGCCUGGCUUACCACAGUCCAUUCUAUGGUUCAUGCCGAUACUCAUUACUUUUAUAAUACCACUUGUGGAUAAAUUGAUUAGAUUAGGGUGAAUCACCUGGCUGGCCAAUGGCAUUUGGAAUGAUUCUCCACGUGUGACUUUGUUGCACUAUUACAAAAUGUGGCAGGAGAGACCUGCCCAGUAUUCAGUGCCGAUGUUCAUUUGUAACGCUGUCUUGAGGAGAUGAGAGCGAAUUGUUCCAGCAGCUCAGCCUGCUCUGCCAACAGUUCAGAGGGGGAGCUGCCAGGGGGACUGGAGACACCUGGGAACCUGCAGCUGGUUUUCACCGUGGUGACAGCCGUGAUGAUGGGUCUGCUCAUGUUCUCUCUGGGCUGCUCUGUGGAGGUCCAGAAACUCUGGUCCCACCUCCGGAGACCCUGGGGCAUCGCUGUGGGCCUUCUCUGCCAGUUUGGACUCAUGCCUCUGACAGCGUAUGUGCUAGCCAUCAGCUUCUCUCUGAAACCAAUCCAAGCUAUCACUGUGCUCAUCAUGGGGUGCUGCCCUGGGGGAACCAUCUCCAAUGUUUUCACUUUCUGGGUUGAUGGAGAUAUGGAUCUCAGCAUCAGUAUGACAACCUGUUCCACAGUGGCUGCGUUGGGAAUGAUGCCCCUCUGCCUGUAUCUCUACACCUGGUCCUGGGACCUGGCACAGAACCUCACCAUUCCAUACCAGAACAUCGGAAUUACCCUUGUGUGCCUGGCCAUUCCUGUGGCUUUUGGUGUUUAUGUGAAUUACAGGUGGCCAAAACAAUCAAAGAUCAUCCUUAAGAUUGGGGCCGUCGUUGGUGGGAUCCUCCUUCUGGUGGUCACAGUUGCUGGUGUGGUGCUGGCAAAGGGAUUCUGGAAUUCAGACACCACUUUUCUGAUCAUCAGUUUCAUCUUUCCAUUGGUCGGCCAUGUGGCAGGCUUUCUACUGGCACUCCUUACCCACCAAUCAUGGCAAAGGUGCAGGACAAUUUCCUUAGAAACUGGAGCUCAGAACAUUCAGAUGUGCAUCACCAUGCUCCAGUUAUCUUUUGCCUCGGAGAACUUGGUCCAGAUGUUUAACUUCCCAUUGGCUUAUGGACUCUUCCAGAUGCUGGAUGGAUUUCUCAUUGUGGCAGCGUACCGGGCAUACAAGAGGAGGCUGAAGAAGAAGGGUAGGAGGAAGCCCCCGGAUUGUGCAGCAGUCUGCCACGACAAGAAGCCCAAAGAGACUGGAGCCUUCUUGGAGGCAAAUGAAGAAGCUGGGGGAAGCCCAGGGCCCUCAGAACCCAUAUUUUACCACAGGGCUCUUGAGCCUAUCGGCCAAAUCACUUCAUGUGACUAGAGGGACUUGCUGGCCAGGCUGCUCCUCCAUCUUCGUUGGUGGUCUGAUAGUGGUGCAGCGCUCCAGGCCCGGGUCUGGUUGGCAGGGCUGUGUGACUGUUUAAGUAGCAAAUGUUAGAAUGCAUGCAUUUUUGUGUGGAUCGUUGAUUGUACUAGGAACACUUUUCUGAGAAUGUGUGUUGCUCAUGGCAGGAAUCUUUGGGGGAUUUGUACAACCGGUGUGAACCUGCUGAGUAACAUCUUGUUUCCCCAGGCAGUGAACAGUGCCUAGUAGUGGACAGUAGCCAUUGUAUGGCAGGACCCAUGUUUUUUUCUUUUUUCUUUUCUUUUCUUUUUUGUGCUGGUCCUGGGGCUUGAACUC